AUGAUCAGCAGGAGCAAGAGCAGCAGCAGCACCAGCAGCAGCAGCAGCAACAGCAGCAGCAGCAGCAGCAGCAGCACCGCUGCAGCGGAGGGUUUCACAAAGGAAGGGAGUGUCCAGAGGCAGCAGAUGCAGCAGCAACAAAGACAGCAGCAACAGCAGCAGCAGCAGCAACAGCAGCAACAGCAGCAGCAGCAGCAGCAACAGCAGCAACAGCAGCAACGGCAGCAGAAGGCACAUCUAAGGCUUGAGAACGUCGAGCUGCGAGAUAAAACCACAGAGGCGGAGAACAGGAGAAAGAAGAAAGAACAGAAAAUGCAGGCAAGACAAAGGCUGGCGCCAACAACAGCGCAACCCGGAGACCAACGCCUUCACGAGGCUCUGAGAGAGAAGGAGAGAUUCGCAAGGAGGCGAGCCGCCCUUUAUAAAGAGAGGCUGCAGAAAGUAACGAAGGCAGCAAAAGAACAAGUGAGUUCUUUGGCUGCUCAAGCUGCUGCAUCAGAGAGAAGAGCACAAAGAGACAGAUUGCUGCUGCAGCAGCAGCAGCAGCAGCAGCAGGAAAGGCAAAGAGAUACGCUUAGUGCUGUUCGUUUUCUUUCUUUACAAAUAGGCCUCGCCACAAAAAAACUACAGGUCCGUAGCACUUUCGGUGCGCGUUCAGUGAACAAGCCGAGCAGCAGCAGCAGCAGCAGCAGCAGCAACAGCAGCAGCACGACUACCAGCAGCAGCAGCAGCAGCAGCUACACGGGGCCUGGGUCUAUGGAUCCCUAUGCUUACUCCUUCGCCGAUGGAGAUACCCCAGUAACAGCCCUCAGCUGGGAAGCAGCAACAAGUGCAGCAGGAACAGUCAUUGCUGCUGUUGAUGCUGUCUGCUCUGGCGCCAAAGUAAAUGCUUUCUGUGCGGUACGACCCCCAGGGCACCACCUGGGCAGCUGGGGUGCAGCACAGACGUCCCCUUAUGCACUCACCGAUGAAGACAUAGCGCUGUAG